GCGGCGCCGGGCUUCUCCCCGCGGGAGCCCCCAGCAUGGUUGACUAUAUCGUGGAGUAUGACUAUGAUGCUAUACAUGAUGAUGAAUUAACUAUUCGAGUUGGGGAAAUAAUCAAGAAUGUGAAAAAACUACAGGAGGAAGGAUGGCUGGAAGGGGAGCUAAAUGGGAGAAGAGGAAUGUUUCCUGAUAAUUUUGUUAAGGAAAUUAAGAGAGAGACAGAAACAAAGGAUGACAAUUUACCCAUCAAACGCGAAAGGCAUGGGAAUGUGGCAAGUCUUGUACAACGAAUAAGCACCUACGGACUUCCAGCUGGAGGAAUUCAGCCGCAUCCACAAGCAAAAAACAUUAAGAAAAAGACCAAGAAACGUCAGUGUAAAGUUUUCUUUGAGUACGUUCCACAAAAUGAGGAUGAGCUGGAGCUAAAAGUGGGAGAUGUUAUUGAUAUUAAUGAAGAGGUUGAAGAAGGCUGGUGGAGCGGAACUCUGAACAACAAGUUGGGACUGUUUCCCUCAAAUUUUGUGAAAGAAUUAGAUGUAACAGAUGAUGUCGAUACUCAUGAAGCCCAGGACGAUUCAGAAACAGUUUUUACUGGGCCUAGCUCACCCUUACCCUCCCUGGGAAAUGGGAGUGAAACUUCGCUUGGACCAAUUGCACAGCCAAAGAAAAUAAGAGGAAUUGGAUUUGGAGAUAUUUUUAAAGAAGGCUCUGUGAAACUAAGGACAAGAACAUCCAGUAAUGAAACAGAAGAGAAAAAAAUGGAAAAGCCGUUACUCAUACAAUCAGUAGGAUCCAAAACUCAGAGUACCGAGGUAACAAAAACAGACUCUGAAGGCAAAAAUAAAGCGAGGGAAUAUUGCAGAACAUUAUUUGUCUAUGAGGGUGCUAAUGAAGAUGAACUUAGUUUUAAAGAAGGAGAGAUAAUCCAUUUGAUAAGUAAGGAGACUGGAGAAGCUGGCUGGUGGAAGGGUGAACUUAAUGGUAAAGAAGGAGUAUUUCCAGACAAUUUUGCUGUUCAGAUAAAUGAACAAGAUAAGGACUUUCCAAAACCAAAGAAACCACCACCGCCUGCUAAGGGUCCAGCUCCAAAGCCUGAUCUGAUAGCUCCAGAGAAGAAAUAUUUUCCAACAAAACCUGAAGAAAAAGAUGAAAAAUCAACUCUAGAACAGAAACCUCUUAAGCUAGCUGCUCCACAAGUCCCACCCAAGAAGCCUACUCCACCCACCAAAGCCAAUAAUUUAUUGAGAUCUCCUGGUAUAGUGUAUCCAAAGCGACCGGAAAAACCAGUUCCUCCACCACCUCCUAUAGCCAAGGUUAAUGGGGAAGUUUCUACCAUCUCAUCAAAAUUUGAAACUGAGCCAGUAUCAAAACCAAAGCUAGAAUCUGAGCAGUUACCACUGAGACCAAAAUCAGUAGAACUAGAUUCCUUUGUAAUGAAAAGCUCGAAAGAAACAGAUCUUGUAAAUUUUGAUGAUAUAGCUUCCUCAGAAAACUUACUACAUCUCACUGCAAAUAGACCUAAGAUGCCUGGAAGAAGGUUGCCUGGUCGCUUCAAUGGUGGACAUUCUCCAACUCAUAGCCCAGAGAAAAUCUUGAAGCUACCAAAAGAGGAAGAAGAUAGUGCCAACCUAAAGGCAUCUGAAUUUAAAAAGGAUACAAGCUACUCUCCAAAGUCACCUGCGUACCUUCCAACACCUGCAAGUGCUUCUUGUAAAUCAAAUAUGACUGGUUUCCAAACCCCGUUAGAAAUCAAAGCCAAAGGAAUAGAGGAUGGGAAAAAAAAUCCCCUGGAUGAACUCAGAGCACAGAUUACUGAAUUGAUGUGCGUUGUAGAAGCACUGAAAAAGGAUCAUGGGAAAGAACUAGAAAAACUGCGAAAAGAUUUGGAAGAAGAGAAGGCAAUGAGAAGUAAUUUAGAGGUGGAAAUAGAGAAGCUGAAAAAAGCAGUCCUGUAUUCCUAAGGUGGCAUGGACCCAGUGUUCUUAAUGUUACUGGAAUCUGGAAGCAAC